CGAGCGGGUGGCUGCCUGAGGGGGUCUCGGGAGGCGAAGGGGAAACGCAAGCAGGCCGGCUGGUGAGGAGGCGGAGGGAACGGUUGUUUCGGCUUUCGGCUCUCCGCCGCCAUGAGUUCCAUCGGCACCGGGUAUGACUUGUCGGCAUCUACAUUUUCUCCAGAUGGCAGAGUGUUUCAAGUAGAAUAUGCUAUGAAAGCUGUGGAGAAUAGCAGUACAGCAAUUGGGAUACGGUGUAAAGAUGGUGUAGUCUUUGGAGUCGAAAAAUUAGUUCUGUCCAAACUGUACGAAGAAGGAUCCAACAAACGCCUCUUUAAUGUCGAUCGACAUGUUGGAAUGGCGGUCGCAGGACUUCUGGCUGAUGCCCGUUCUUUGGCUGACAUAGCAAGGGAAGAAGCUUCUAACUUCAGAUCCAACUAUGGUUAUAAUAUUCCAUUGAAACAUCUUGCAGACAGAGUGGCUAUGUAUGUACACGCCUAUACUCUGUACAGUGCUGUCAGACCUUUUGGUUGCAGCUUCAUGUUGGGUUCCUAUGAUGGUGAUGAUGAAGGUGCUCAGCUAUACAUGAUAGACCCAUCAGGCGUUUCAUACGGUUAUUGGGGAUGUGCCAUUGGAAAAGCAAGACAAGCUGCAAAGACAGAGAUUGAAAAGCUCCAGAUGAAAGAUAUGACUUGCCGUGAUGUUGUUAAAGAAGUUGCAAAAAUAAUCUACAUAGUCCAUGAUGAAGUAAAAGACAAAGCUUUUGAACUUGAACUCAGCUGGGUUGGAGAAAUAACCAAGGGAAAACAUGAAAUUGUCCCAAAAGACAUUAAGGAAGAAGCAGAGAAAUACGCUAAGGAAUCUCUGAAAGAAGAUGAUGAAUCAGAUGAUGAAAAUAUGUAACACAUUGUUACUUUAAAACAAAUGUUUUAAUCUGUACCACAGGCCUGUGUAUGUAUUUGCCAUGAUGUAUGUGCUGGAAGACUAUUUUGAGUGACCAACUUGCACUAAAAAUUUUUCCAAUUACUGUUUA